AUGGCCAGGAACAAGGCACCGUGUUUUUCUCCGCCGCCGCCGCCGAAACCCUACAGCGGCGACUUUUUAUUCGAGUGCCGCCGAUGCGGUGAAUUUAUCACGGCCAGCCGAUCUGAAUCGCUGCUUGUUUGCUCCGCUUGUAGAUUUGCUCAGAAGGUUGUUUCUUCUCCGCCUCCCGAAGAAAUCAACGAGGUUGUGGAGCAGGAAGAAGACUGCGGUGCUGUUGAGGGAGAAACUUUUACGGACUAUCGGCCUCCUAAAUUAUCUAUCGGUCCUCCUCACCCGGAUCCUGUUGUAGAAACAGCAUCGUUAGCUUCAGUGCAGCCGCCUGAACCCACAUACGAUCUUCAAAUAAGGGAUGACCUAGAAAGGUCGAAAGCAUUGUCGUGCUUGCAGAUUGAGACACUAGUAUAUGCUUCUCAGAAACACCUUCAGCACCUUCCAGAUGGGACUAGGGCAGGAUUUUUUUUAGGUGAUGGAGCAGGUGUUGGAAAAGGUCGAACAAUGGCAGGAUUGAUCAUGGAAAACUGGCAGCAAGGGAGGAAGAAAGCUUUGUGGAUUUCUGUUGGUUCAGACCUGAAAUUUGAUGCAAGGAGAGACUUGGAUGAUGUUGGUGCUCCGUAUAUUAAAGUGCAUCCACUAAACAAGCUCCCCUAUUCGAAGCUUAAUUCGAAGGCAGUUGGGGUGCAAGAAGGAGUUAUUUUCCUCACUUACAGCACCCUCGUAGCCUCUUCUAAAAAUGGGAAUUCUCGCUUGAAUCAGCUAAUACGAUGGUGUGGGCAAGGUUAUGACGGCCUUAUUGUGUUCGAUGAGUGCCAUAAGGCAAAGAACUUGGCACCUGAAGCCGGAGGGAAGCCAACACUCACAGGCAAAGCAGUUCUUAACAUUCAGGCCUGCCUUCCUGAGGCCCGGGUUGUUUAUUGCUCAGCUACUGGUGCUUCAGAGCUACGCAAUAUGGCCUACAUGACUAGACUUGGUCUUUGGGGAAAGAGAACAUCUUUUGUGGACUUCCAUGAUUUUCAAGGAUCACUGGAAAAAGGGGGUGUUGGAGCUUUAGAACUAGUUGCCAUGGACUUGAAAGCAAGGGGGAUGUAUCUAUGCCGUACUUUGAGUUACAAAGGGGCAGAAUUUGAUGUGGUUGAAGUUCCACUAGAGGACGACAUGAUGGAUAUGUACAAUAGAGCUGCAGAGUUUUGGGCUGACUUAAGAGUAAAAUUGAUGUCUGAAGUUACUUUGUACAACGAUAAGCCUGAAUCUGAUCGCAUAUGGCGCACAUACUGGGCAAGCCAUCAGCGUUUCUUUAAACACAUGUGUGUGUCGGCAAAGGUGCCCGCUUUGGUAAAACUAUGUCUUCAAGCCUUAUCUGAAGAUAAGUGCAUCGUCAUUGGGCUCCAAAGCACUGGUGAAGCCAGAACAGAAGAAGCUGUGGCAAAAUAUGUGAGUGACGAGCUGGCUGAUUUCAUUUCAGGAGCUCGUGAACUAUUGCAAAAGUUUGUUGAACAAAAUUUUCCAAUGAUCCCUAAACCUGUAUCUUUGUCAGAUGAGAACGGGGUAAAGGAGUUGCGUCAAAAGAAACGCUCGGCGGCAACUGGUGUUUCCUAUAAAGGAAGGGCAAGGAAAGCGGCCAAAUUGCAAGCUGAAAUUGAUGCCGCAACUGAAAUUUGCUCGGUAAACGCAGCUGAAUCUGAGUCGGAGUUUACGGAAUCUGAUGAUGAAUUUCAGAUCUGGGAGAUGUGCAAUUCUGAAACGAAAAGGGAAGAAUUGCUCCAGUGUUCAUGUUGCAAGCAGAUCAAGCAUCCUGCAUGUUUUGUACCACCUGAGGAAGGUGCGGUUUCUGCAGAUUGGACUUGCGUUCCAUGCAAUAAAUAUCUACGAGAUGUAGAUUGGUACAAUAAAGCAGCAGAGCGCAUGUCGCAGAUUUUGCGUGAUGUUCAUUCUUUGGAUCUUCCCAACAAUCCACUAGAUGAAAUUAUUUAUAAGCUUGGAGGUCCUGAUAAGGUUGCAGAAAUUACAGGAAGGCAUCGCAGGGUCAUCAAGGCAUCCGACGGAAAUGUCAAAUAUGAGCCACGAAACAGAAAGGGUGUGCCCAUGGAAAUGGUCAACAUGAAUGAAAAGCAAUCAUUCAUGGAUGGAAGCAAGUUAAUUGCUAUCAUUUCCGAGGCUGCAUCUGCUGGUGUCUCAUUGCAAGCAGAUAGAAGGGCAUCGAAUCAGAGGAGGAGGGUACAUGUCACCCUAGAAUUACCCUGGGGUGCUGAUCGUGCAAUUCAACAGUUUGGAAGAACUCACCGUUCGAAUCAAACUUCUGCACCAGAGUAUAGGUUACUCUUCAGUAAUCUUGGGGGUGAACGCAGAUUUGCUUCCACUGUGGCAAAGAGGCUUGAAUCUCUGGGGGCUCUUACACAGGGCGACAGACGCGCUGGACCAUCACUUAGCGCUUACAAUUAUGAUAGCGUGUACGGAAAAAGAGCACUGGAAAAUUUUUACCAUAAAAUUGUGAAACAGAGUUCUCUGCCAGUUGCGCCUCUUGGAUGUUCCCUUCAGAAGCCGGAGAGAAUUCAAGAUCUGGUUGUCAAGGGAAAAGCUGCACUUGAAUCUGUUGGAAUAGUCAAAGAUAACACAUAUGUUGGUCAUGAGGACAGGGACAUUCAUGAUGUUAGACGUUUCCUGAAUCGGUUGUUAGGGAUCCAGCCAGAGAUGCAAAACUCGCUUUUUGAGUUAUAUCUGAGUGAAAUUGAUCUCCUAGUUGAGCAAGCCCGAGUUGAAGGUCAUUUUGACUCAGGAAUUGCAAAUAUGAAAGCCAAUACCAUCAGAAUAAAAGGACAGCCUAAGAAAGUUCACAUUGACCAUCUGUCUAAAGCGUCCACUGUUCUAUUUACACUCACGCUGGAUCGAGGAUUCACUUGGGAGGCUGCAUUAACAUUGCUUACUGAGAAGAGAAAAGACAAGUCUCCUGCCUCUAGUAUUGGGUUCUACAAAACUAAAAGGGAAAGCUUAGGAAGAAGGAACUGUCUCUUAGCUUUUGAAGGGUCUUCCAGAAAGUACAGAAUUUUUCGUCCAGCUAUUGGGGAGGCAGUCAGGGAAAUGCCUCUUGCAGAGCUAGAAGCGAAGUAUGAGAAGUUUUCUUCUUUGGAGGAUGCUCAUGCUUGUUGGGAUGAUGAGUAUAUGUUAUCAUUUAAACAGUGCUUGCACGGACCCAGAUGUAAGCAUGGGGAUUAUUGUACCAUUGGCAGAAGAUUACAAGAAGUAAAUGUACUAAGUGGCUUAAUACUUCCUGUCUGGGCAACCGUUCAAAAGAUCCUCGCCAAGCAGAAUCGUGAAAUUGAUAGACGACUCCGCAUUGUGCGUGUUGAGACAACUACAGAUAGCAGGAGAAUAGUUGGAUUACUCAUCCCGAGUGCUGUAGUCAAUUCUCUGCUGGAAGAGUUGCCAUUUCAAGAUAUUGAUGAGUGAAGUGCAAUGAAAUGAAGAUCUCUUUCGUCGAAGGAAAACUAAUCAUAGCCCUCGGAUGAUUCCCUGCUCUGUACUAUUUUGCUUGAAAUAUUUGAACCAGGUUGAGCAUCAUUUGACAUGGAUGACUAAAAGAACCUAAAAUUUGGUGGCUAACUAGGAAAAUGCCUUUUUUAGAGAUAGAAGUCAGAAAGUUGAAAUCUUUGAAGAAGGCUCGUACUUGCUGGGAGAAUGAGUUUCUAACUGGUUAGAAAUACAUCUGAAUCGUAGUUUGUUUUUAGUUUUUACUUGGAUACAUGCCAACAAUCAUGUUAUGGUUCAUUGAUCCCAUUUCACGGGUAAUUGGCUAGCAAUCAUUUUAUUCUCAUACUUUACACAUUUUUACUAUCUUUUUAUUGCAUUGCAUUAUUUUUCCAUCUCUCAUCUCCUAUUCUCCUUGUAUCUCUUUUAAGAUCUUCAGCUCCGUCUUUUAGUGCAUCUUUAGCUGAUCUGUUCCAAAAUCGGAUGCAACCUUUGCUACACAGAUCACUCUCUUUUUAUUCUUGAUUUGAUUUUGCUUUUAAAAUGCAACUUAAAUGAUAGUAUGAGCUGCAAGUCUAGAGGUGGCCAUUCGGGCGGGGCGGGGCGGUUCGGGCCGGUUCAACCGCGGGCCGAACCGUCAGCGGUGAAACCGUAACCGGCACGUCUGAAGUGGCGGUCCGGUCCGUGCCGGGCCGGGAGAACUGAAACCCGGAACCGUGUUAUACGGUUUAUACGGAUUAGACGGGUUGACGGUUCGGGGCGGUUUGGACGGUUAAGUGGUUGACGGUUUGGUUCAGCGACGGUUUCUUCCUUUCACCGGUCUGUUGUUUCUUGUUUGGUAGCUUUUUGGACUUUUGAGUAGUCAUUAGUCAGUGCUUUGUGCUUGUUUUUUUCUUUCAAUUUUAAGUUUAUUUUGUUUUUUCAAAAACAAGCGUAAAUUUUAUUAUUUCUAAAAUUUUAAAAAAAUCGAUAGUAAAAUUGUAUAUGAUAUUAGAUUUGUAAAUUAUUGACGUGAUAGUUCAAAUUAAGAUGAUUUGAGAACAAUUUAUGAAAUAGCUAAUAUUUUCAAAAAAUUAUUAUCGUGUAAACUUAAUUAAUAGGAAAUUGGAAUUAGAGAUUAGAUGAACUGAAAAAAUUUGGGAUACUGAGCUGGGGAUCAAUAAAAUUAAACAUGUUGUCAGUAUUGAAGAUUAAAUAAUUAAGAGUGUCAAUGACUUUGACCUGCGCACAUGCAUUAUGCAGGUAAGUUUUGGUGAACUUCCACGGUUCCGCGGUUCCAUGCUUUCCGGUUCCGCGGGUUUCAGCGGUUUCGGGCCGGUUACGGUUCGGUUCCUUAUUUCUCAACCCGUAUUCGGCACGUGCUCAGUAUCGGUUCAUCCCGGUUUCGAACCGGCCCGUGUUUAAGCGGUUUCGGGCGGUUAAAAACCCGGUUCGGGGCGUGCCGGUUCAGUCGGUUCGGCCCGUUUGGCCACCUCUAGCUGCAACGCAAGCAUACACCCACACUAUGUUUAUUUUUUUGUAUUGAUUAUUUACCAGCAUGUACCUACAACUCAACUUGCAGUGCAUCCACGGUCCCGGCUGUAAGCAAGGUGAUUACUGAACCACUGGUGAAGAUUACAAGAAGUAAAUGUAUUAGGUGCCUGAAUAGUUCCUGUCUGGGAAACUAUAGAAAAGACCCUCGCCAAUCAGGCCCGUGAAGUCAUAGACGAUUCCGUAUUAUGCGCGUAGAGACUACUACGCGUCACCGGAAGAUUGUUGUAAUACUAAUUCCGAAUGAUGUAGAUAAAUAUGUUGAAAGAUUUUUUCUCAAUAUAUGGAUGUAUAUUAUUGUCCAUGAGGCGCAAGCAUUUCUGAGUGUUAUGAAUUUAUAAAUUGCUAAAUUAAAUGUUUUGAUAUCUCAAUAUUUGACUUUGCAUUUA